AUGAUUCAGCGUUCGCGUGCAGUCUUUGAACCAUUUCCACCGCACCUCAACAUUGAGGAGGUUGUGCAAACAACUCCUAGUUUUGAAUUCGCCAAAAGGAUAUCCUGUGACUCCGUCAGUCAGUUUCCACGAGAGGUCCUGGAGUUGUACGUCCUCACCCAUGUGGUGAAGCUGGGACUUCCACUGGUGAUCACAGGGUUUGACAAACAUCUGGAUAAGGAUUUGUUCUCAGAGAAAUGGCUACAGCAGCAUUAUGCCAGCCAAACAUACGAUGCCAGAGACUUGGGUAAAGGGGCGAAUCUGCGCCUAACCCUGGGACAUUACCUCAAGAACAUGGCAACACUGACAGAACCAAUUAAUGCUUCUACCUACGCCCGCCAGAGCAUCCAACGGCUGUACUUGAAGGACAUCGACUGCCCACAAGAAUGGCACCGAGCUCUGAAACAGUUGAUCCCUUCCAGCUUCUUUUACCUCAACCAAUCCCCCAUGAAUGGACCUAAGUCGCCCGCGUCCCAAUUCCCCGAACCCCCCAAGACUCCACAAGGGGAAGCUGUUGCUCGAUCAGGCGACCUGAUGAGCAGUCUUCCCGUGACUAUGCGUGCAGAGAAUCUCAUGUGCUACAUCGGCCAUGAGGGGACAUACACCCCGGCCCACCAGGAAAUGUGUGCCAGUCUCGGGCAGAACCUGAUGGUCGAGGCAUCGGAUGAAUCCUAUGAGAAUGGGAAUGGGAAGCCAACUCGACCGGGCUCGUCCAUCUGGUUCAUGACCGGCACUCAGGACCGCCGGGUUGUCUCUGAGUAUUGGAUGUCAACACUCGGCCACAAUCUGGACCUGGAAAACCACUUUGCUCAACUAAAUGCGUGGAAGUGCGCACCUUUCACCACCUAUGUGGUCGAACAAAGGCCAGGAGACCUGAUUCUCGUUCCCCCUUUGGCUGCUCACCAGGUGUGGAAUCGUGGGACUCGGACAAUGAAGGUUGCUUGGAACCGGACUACCGUUGAGACACUAGAGAUGGCCUUUGACGAGGCACUGGCUAAUGCUCGUAUGAUCUGCCGCGAUGAGCAAUAUAAGAAUAAGGCCAUCGUCUAUUACACUCUCGAGCGCUACUCUGGGUUGCUUCGAAAGGCUCCUGAUUCCACCCAUCCUGAAGUUCGGAUGCUGCAGGAGGAUUUCCAGCGGCUUUUCAAUAUGUACACCGACAUUCUUCUUUCAGAAAGUUUUUCGAAAAGCUCCCCCGCGGCGAAGGAGAUCGAGUAUGAGAAAUUUGAGAGCAAUAUCACAUGCUCAUAUUGCCGGUGCAAUAUUUUCAAUCGGUUCUUGACCUGUCCUUGGUGUGUGGGCGAGGGCAAUGAUACGUACGAUAUCUGCAUGGACUGUUACGUGCUGGGGCGGAGUUGCCGAUGCAUCUCGAAACUGAAGUGGGUUGAGCAAUUUCCCUGGAAACAGCUUACCAGCCGACACGAGACCUGGCGCCAGCAGAUCAUUGCCUUCAAGUAUGAUGGUCCUAAGCCCAAGAAUCCCCCAACUUUGCUCGUUGCCAGAUCCGAGCUAGGUCGUAAAUCUCUAGCCGAGAUUUGCCAAGAGCAGAUGCGCCUGCGCCCAUGGGUAGACCCGACGAAACCAAAGGAGGUCAAAGGAGUCACCCCGAGCGAUGAUGAUGAGUCCGAUACCGAUUCGCGGGCUCGAAAGAAAAGAAAGUCGAACGGGAGCAAGGCCCCGAAUGGCAAAGGCCGGUGCCACAUGUGUAAAAAUUCGGAAUGCCUGUGGAAGCUUGCUGCAUGUGAGAAAUGCAGUCUUUAUUAUUGCUAUGGCAGUUUGUUCCGAGCAUUUGACAUGCUCCCUCAAGAUGCAAUGCAGCGGCCUCACUGGUUGUGCCCGAAAUGCCGCAAGGUCUGCAACUGUUCAAGUUGCCGACUGGAUGAUAGCAUGAAACCGCACCAGCCGUUCAACAUCCUGCUGGGCCAUGAUACGCGCAAGAUUGCGGAUCCCCGCAGUGUCGAGUCGCUGGUCAACAUGCGCUUGUCCAAUCUGGCACUCCUGAAAACAUUUGGCGACGAUAACGCGGAACGUCUGGAGCGUUUGCGCUGUGACGAGGAGAAGCGCCGGCAGCAGCAGCUGGCGGAGAAUGACAUUCAUGUCGGUCUUGACCCGCCACAGACGGAGUCACCCAUCGGCCCUCCAUCGGUGAUGUAUGAGAAUCAGCUGCCUGGAAUCCCCAUUGAUCCAGCGCUGGAACUCGAUGGAUCGUAUAUGAGUCUGGGUUGA